UGGAUAAAUUAUUGAUUGUCUGAAAUCAAGAUACAUACAGAGUACAAAUCCUAAUAUAAAUCCAUUCAUCAACUCACACUUUUCUCAUCCAACAACAAAAGAAGAAGCUUAGAAACGCAAAAGCAAAGUGUCUCUAUUUUCUUAGCGCACACAAAAAGAAGAGAAAAGCAAGAGACAAUGGUUUCGGCUCUGAGAUUCUUCACAUGUCUUGUCUUGGCAGUGUGCAUAGUUGCCUCAGUAGAUGCAGCAAUCUCAUGUGACACAGUGGUAAGUAGCUUGGGUCCUUGUUACUUUUACCUAAGGCAAGGCGGGAUUGUGCCGCCUUCAUGCUGUGGGGGAGUAAGAAAUUUGAACGGUAUGGCUCAAACCACACCAGAUCGUCAACAAGCAUGCAAAUGCGUACAGUCCUUUACAAAAUAUGUCCCUGGUUUCAACCAAAAUAUAGCAUCUGGGCUUCCUGGAAAGUGCGGUGUUAGCCUUCCUUAUCCCAUCUCCAAUAGCAUGAACUGCGACAACGUCAAGUUAAGCGGAACUCAUGUAUCGUCGUGAGGAUGAAGAGUAUGGUCUACAAUAAGUAAAAUGAAUUAAUGGUUUACUUGUCUUGUUUUUAUAUAUAUUUUUUUUUUUUUUGGAUAAAAAUUAAUGUAGAAUCCAUUAUUGUCUUGUUUUUAUAUUGUUGUUGAAAAUGUUUGUCUAUGUUACUUUGUAAUAUUUUGCUCUACAUUGUAUCUUAAUUAUGUUUAAGAGAUGAUAAUUCUACCUUAUUAAUUAUCUUCUCUUUA